AGGAAUCGGGGAAUGGAUGGAUUGGAUGGUUUGAUAGAAAGGCUUUUGGAAGCAAAGAAGAAUGUUGGCAAACGGAUUCAUCUUGUAGAGUCAGAAAUUCGCAACAUUUGUAUCACCGCAAAAGAAAUCCUUCUUAGCCAACCCAACCUCCUCGAGUUGGAAGCUCCCAUCAAUGUUUGUGGCGACAUACACGGGCAAUACCCAGACCUAUUGCGGCUGUUUGAAUACGGCGGUUUUCCGCCGCAAUCAAACUACCUGUUCCUUGGAGACUACGUGGACAGAGGAAAACAGAGCAUAGAAACAAUAUGCCUCCUUCUAGCGUACAAAAUCAAAUACCCUGAAAACUUUUUCCUUCUGCGUGGAAACCAUGAAUGCGCCUCAAUCAACAGAAUAUACGGAUUCUACGACGAGUGCAAGCGGAGAUUCAGUGUUCGUUUAUGGAAGGUGUUUACAGAUUGCUUCAACUGUUUGCCAGUGGCUGCAGUGAUUGAUGAGAAGAUCCUGUGCAUGCAUGGAGGGAUAUCUCCUGAGAUUGAGAACUUGGAUCAAAUCAAAGCCAUUGAAAGGCCAGUGGAUGUGCCAGAUCAAGGGCUCUUGUGUGAUCUUCUUUGGGCAGAUCCUGAUAGGCAAAUCAUAGGGUGGGGAGAGAAUGAUAGAGGUGUUUCAUACACCUUUGGACCUGAUAAGGUUGCUGAGUUCUUGAAGAAACAUGAUCUCGAUCUUAUUUGUCGAGCUCACCAGGUUGUGGAAGAUGGGUACCAAUUCUUCGCAGAUAGGCAGCUAGUGACCAUAUUUUCAGCACCAAACUAUUGUGGAGAGUUCAACAAUGCAGGAGCACUUAUGUGUGUGGAUGAAACCUUACUCUGCUCCUUUCAGAUUCUCAAACCAUUGACAGCAAAGACCCCGUAGCAAUAGCUGCAAUCUUCUUUAUUUUUGGGUAACACAACAACAAUGGAGAAAACGGACAAAGCAAAAGCUAUUUUGAACUCUGCAGAAAGUUGUAUAUAUCCCCUUGUUUACUUAGA